CUUAGCGAAAGCCUCAUCCUUCUUUGCCAAGCAGCUUCCCAAUCCAUGUGCUGCUAAAAACCCCACGGGAAAAAGCUUCCCCCGCUGCUCCGCUCGCCGAGAAAUGGUGGUAGUAUCGUCUCUCCGGCUGCCGUCUCUCACCUCCCUCUUCUUCGCCUCUUCUCGGUCAACUCAUCGAGCUCCGGCUACUCUAUUCCGCCGGCAGCAGCCGUACCUCGCCGCGGCGAGGUUUUCGGCCCAGAGUGCCGCGUCGUCCAGUCUGCCGGAGACCACGGAGGAGCUAGCCCCUGCGAACCAGAAGAAGAGUAGUAAUAGUAAUAAGGUGAACCAGGACCGAGUCAUCACGCCUCGUUCGCAGGAUUUCAACGCUUGGUACCUUGAUGUGAUUGCUAAUGCUGAGCUCGCUGAUUACGGCCCCGUUCGGGGAACUAUGGUCAUUCGCCCAUACGGCUACGCCAUCUGGGAGGCAAUUCAGGACUAUUUGAAUGUCAAAUUCAAGGAGACCGGGCAUAGCAACAUGUAUUUCCCACAGUUUAUACCGUAUUCGUUUAUUGAGAAAGAAGCUAGUCAUGUUGAGGGAUUCAGUCCUGAAUUGGCUGUUGUAACUAUUGGAGGAGGGAAGGAACUCGAAGAAAAGCUUGUGGUACGAAGAUUGAACCUUGGCCUUUCUUGUUUCAGAAUUCAGUGUUCUAGUGUUUUGCAUGUUGAGAGAUGUGAAUGUUGGUUGUGGCAGGUGAGACCCACCAGCGAAACCAUAGUGAAUCACAUGUUUACUCAGUGGAUUCAUAGUUAUCGUGAUCUGCCUCUUUUGAUCAACCAGUGGGCAAAUGUCACUAGAUGGGAAAUGCGCACCAAACCGUUUGUGAGGACUCUCGAGUUCCUGUGGCAGGAGGGUCAUACGGCUCAUGCAACUCCAGAAGAGGCAGAAGAAGAGGCUCUGAAAAUGAUUGAUGUCUAUACAAAGUUUGCUUACGAGGAAGCUGCAAUACCAGUGGUUGUAGGUAGAAAAUCCAGAGAAGAAACAUUUGCUGGAGCUGUUAGAACGUAUACAAUAGAAGCUAUGAUGGGUGAUAGAAAGGCUUUGCAGGCCGGAACCAGCCAUAACCUCGGGCAGAACUUUUCUCGGGCUUUUGAAACGCAGUUUACUGAUGAGAAUGGGCAGAGGCAACAUGUAUGGCAAACAUCAUGGGCUGUGAGUACACGUUUUGUUGGUGGGAUUAUCAUGACACAUGGAGAUGAUGCUGGCCUAAUGCUUCCUCCCAAACUUGCACCAGUUCAGGUAGUGAUUGUGCCCAUAUGGAAAAAGGAUGAUGAAAAGGCUGGGGUUCUGAAUGCCGCGUCCUCUGUAAAAGAAAUUCUGCACUCCGCUGGUGUGAAAGUCAAACUCGAUGACUCGGACAUGAGAACCCCUGGAUGGAAGUUCAAUUUCUGGGAAAUGAAGGGAGUCCCUAUUAGGAUUGAGAUUGGUCCUCGAGAUGUUGCAAGCGGAAGUGUUGUGAUAUCAAGGAGAGAUGUUCCUGGAAAGCAAGGAAAAGUUUUUGGAAUAUCAAUGGAGCCUACAACUUUAGUAGGUUAUGUGAAAGACAAGCUGGACGAGAUCCAAGCAUCCCUGCUGGCUAAAGCCACAUCAUUCCGAGAUAGUAACAUUGUCGACGUGAGCUCGUAUGACGAACUUAAAGAAGCUAUAUCCCAGGGCAAAUGGGCAAGGGGUCCUUGGUCCGCAAGCGACAAAUACGAAGCAAGAGUGAAAGAAGAAACCGGAGCAACCAUCCGAUGCUUCCCAUUCGAACAGCCCGCAGGAACCAAGACAUGCUUGAUGACUGGCCAACCAGCCGACGAAGUCGCCAUUUUCGCCAAGUCCUACUAGCUGCGGUAAAGGUAACACCUUUCCUGUUCCCAGACCACAUCUACGCAUUACCCAAAUUGGCCAAAGCAAAAUUAGGCUUUAAGCGAUUCUGAGUUUGAUACAUAGGACGUGAACAUGUCUCUUGUAGCUUGAUUCUUACACCUUCAGGAAGGUUCAUAUCUCUUUUGAUUCUCUCUCUCUCUCUCUCUCUCUCUGCCUUCUUCUGGUGAGCUUCUGCUGGGUUUGGUUUUGUACUCUCUAGUGUUUAAAUGUAAGUGUUGGACGAUUACAAAAAGGAGAGGCCAGGAAUCAGAAAUGGGGGCUGUGGUUGUAGAAUAAGAGGAUCGUAAUUCGUAGUAUGUGUGACAGGGAAAGGGAUGGGAGAGGUGGCAAAUGAGGUUGCAGGGAUGUAGAUGGGAGAAGGCGGAGAGAAAAGGAAUCUUUUCUAAUCUUGACUUUUCUUCGUUUUCGUCCUUCCUCUGAAUUCUCCCCUGAUUUCCGCCUUCUUUUCUUCUCAGAGCUAGUGGUGGGUGGGAUCCGCUUCCAUUAUCUCUUUGCUUCUAUCUAUCUUCUUCUUUUAUUUUUUGUUUAUUAUUGAAUUCAUUUUGGGGGUUAUUGCAUUUUUGGCCCUUGUACUGUGUACAAAUUCCAUGCUGCUGAGCU